AUGCAGUGCGAGGGGGCAGGGGCCGGGAAGUAUUCACUGGGGCACUGCGGAGCGGAAUGGGCAGAGGACCAAGAGGGGCAGAGCCACGGGCGCGGGUCAAUGCCGAAGCGACGUCAGCGCCUCAAGCGAAACCGCUCGUUGCUUUCUCUGCGCCGCGGCUUUGCCUUUCGGUUAAAUAGACAUAGCCAACGUCGUAUACGUCUAAGGACAGGCGGGAAGCAGAAAAAAAUUUUAGGAAUCGAGCGGGCGUCGAGCGCGUGGGGUACGGGGGCGGAGGGUGCGCGCGCCGGGCCGCGCCAGUCUAGCGGGCUGCGAGUGACGGACGCACGUGUUUUUCGUCGCGCCCUCGUCCCGCGUCUCGUCGGUCAGUGCAGUGGAAGUGAUAACUUGUCGAAGCCCGCGCCAUUCGAAUGA